AUGUUGUUUGCGUUCUCUGGCGGCUAUCCUUCCGAGGAGAAAUUAAAAAUUCGCAUACAUGUACCCGUCAAGCACCAUACACACGUACACACCAAAACCAUCAUAAAGAAAGUGCCGCUGCCAAUACCGGUGCCGGUAAAGGAACCCGAGCCGAUGAAAGAGCACCAUCAUCAUUACUAUGAAGAGGAGAUGGAGGACGAAAGUGAAGGUCAUGAUUAUCCGAAGAAAAAACGAAAAACACGGCAUCCCUUUAUGUGAGAACGGUAAAGGAGGAAAAGCUUGGUGAAGAUUUGAAGUCAAAUACAUAGUACUGAGAGUCUAUGUGUGGAAGAGGCGAGGAGGAGAUGUUCGAAGCAGAUAGAGAAGCAAAAAUGUACAACGAAAGGCAAAGGUCACAUGAAACCCACAAAUAACCAUCGAAUUCCACAAUAAAUUUCUUAUACUUGUAUGCUGAACUUUUUACAUGCUUGCACUUAAAUAUAAAUUGUGAAUGUGUUUAGCAACUACUUCUGUCUACAAAUUCGCUCGUUCUUUAUGGCUGUCUGCUGCUGCUUAAUAUGUAUAAAUUCAUAUUUUAUACAUACAAUCCUACAUAUGGGUGUGCUACAAUAUAUUAAUUUGCAGAUAAUGCGAAUGGAUUUAUUUAGUCGUGAUAAGGUUUAAAAUAUGGCGUACAUACUUACAUAGUUAGUUUAAAGCAGCCAGACGUAAUGGGCAACCUGCAUACACAAAACAGAAAGCACGAAAAGCCUAAUGAAAGCGCUUGUUGGCGAGCGAGAAGAUGAGCGACGGAAGUGUCUGACGGAAGACUACGAAAAGGCAAGCGCGCCUAGAUUUAUUUUCAUAUCCGAUGGAAUUUCGCAUGGAUAGACUGCGGAAAAAAGUGUGCACUUAGAUACAUAUACAUAUAUACACACACAUAUAAAGCAUAUAUGUUGGUAUAUAUUGUUGUUGGGUG